AUGAUGUUCCGAAGAAUUACACCCGUUGCUCGACGAGUGAUUGCUCGAGACGCUUCCAAGCACGCCCUCGGAAUCCGAGGCCGAGCUCUGCGACCCAUUGUCAACUCCAUCACCACCCGAAAGGUCCACUCCGUGUCCCAGCUCAACUCCGCCCGAGUGGCCCUCGCCGCUGUGCCCCACAACUUCCAUACUCAGCUGCUCAAGCGACGAUAUUCCGCCCUGUCUUCUGAAUGCCGAGAACUUACCUACCCCGACAUCAAGGCCCUGUCUGACAACAUUCUCAAGGGCGACAACGACAACGUGAUCCUCGUGGACGUGCGAGAGCCCGAUGAGUUCAAGGCCGGCCACAUCCCCGGAGCCAUCAACAUCCCCGUCAAGUCUACUCCUGGAGCUCUGUCUCUGUCUGCCGAGGAGUUUGAGGGAACCUUUGGUUUCCCCAAGCCCGACAUUAACGACGAGCUUGUCUUCUACUGCCAGGCUGGUAUCCGAUCCGCAAAGGCCGAGUCUCUCGCUGAGACCUGUGGCUACCAGCUGCGAGCCAACUACCCCGGCUCCUACAACGACUGGCUCGCCCACCAGAAGUAA